AUGGGGGACGACGACCAGCAGCUCGUUGCGGCGGCCCGCGUCGCCCCGCGGCGGUCGAUGAUGUUCCGGGUGCCGCGGAGGCCGGUGGCGAGAGCGGCGGGUGGAGCCGAAGCGUCGCCGCUGUUGCCGACGGGGCCAAGAAGGAAGAAGAAGAAGAUGGCCGUGGCCAGGCUCGGUGGGAAAAGGAGGCUCUUUGGCGCGAUCCGGCGGCUCCGGAUGCGGUGGCUGGCCGUGCUGUACAGGCGCACGCUGCGGCGGCUGCGCGCCUACUACGCCACGGCGAUCAACGACCUCCUCGAGGGCGCGGCCGUCAUCAGCUCCCUCCGCGGGCCGACCGCCGGCGCCGACUGCUCCUUUGGCACCGCCUUCGCGCCGGUCGUCACCGUCGGCCUCUGA